AGAGAGUCCUUGAAGAUUUGGCUUCUCAAAGAUCUGGAAAUGCCACAAAUUGUACAUCUGGUAUCACCAAUAGUUUUGACCGAGUACGUUCUGGGGUCAUGGGUUCAGCGCUUGAUCAUUCGUCUGGGGGCCUUGAUCUUGAUCUAAACAAAGUUGAUGAUUCAACUGAUAUGAACAACUACACAAUGAGCAGUAGUCAUCGGCCAGAGUCAUCUUUUCAACAGGUUAAAUUAUCAUCGACUGGUGGUCGUAGAGAUUUUGAUUUAAAUGAUGGACCUGCAGGUGAUGAUUUGGCUGUUGAGUCAUCUACGGUUCUAAAUCAACAUUCACGAAGUGGCUUGCCAUCACAUCCAUCUCUCUCUGGAAUACGAGUGAAUGGUGAAAAUAUGGCUAAUUUCUCAUCUUGGUUUCCUGCUGCUAAUGCUUAUUCAGCAGUGAGCAUUCCUCCAAUUAUGCCUGAGAGAGGUGAUCAGCCUUUUCCAAUGAUUGCCAAUCGUGGACCACAGAGAAUGUUGGGUCAUACAACUAGUGUUUCCUCAUUCAACCCUGAAGGGUACAGGGGUCCGGUUUUGUCGUCAUCUCCAGCCAUGCCCUUUCCGUCCACAACGUUCCAGUAUCCUGUCUUUCCUUUUGGAAACAGCUUCCCCAUUACCUCAACAAAUUUCUCUGGUGCCUCUACAGCACAGAUGGAUUCUUCUUCAAGUGGGAGAGCUUGCUUCCCUGGUGUCAAUUCUCAAAUAUUGGGUCCUGGAGUUCCAGUUCCGUCUAAUUACCCAAGACCUUAUAUCGUUGGCCUCCCAAAUGGUGGUAGCAAUGGCGGAGUUUUGGACAAUAGUGCGAAAUGGUUUAGGUCAGGACUUGACUUAAAUUCUGGUCCUGGAGGUCAUGAAACGGAGGGAAGAGAUGAAUCAUCACUUGUGGCAAGGCAAUUAUCCUCAUCUGCUUCCUUACCAUUGAAGGAGGAUCAAGCAAGAAUGUAUCAAAUGUCGGGUGGUGUUCUGAAGAGGAAAGAACCGGAAGGAGGAUGGGAUGGAUAUAGGCAGUCCUCUUGGCAAUAACAAUAGCGCAGAAUCUCAGUAGGCCACAUGAGCUUUUACUACGAGAUGGACUGAUUGUGGUGCCACAAGGCUUCAUUGGCUGGCCUGAUCUGUUUAAGAUAAGGAAUGGAUCUUCCAAAAACAGUCUCAAAUUCACUUGCUUGGCCAUUCU